UAGAAAAAUUGUAUAUAAACGCCGUACCACCGUAUUACGCAUUACUUAGCUUGAGAUACACAGCCAAGAUGAAACUGAUCAAAUCUGCUCUCGCUGUGACAGUGUUAAGCUUAUUGCUGAUUAUCCUGCCCAGCAAAAGUACAGCGAACCCCUUAUGUCCAGAAGUCUCUUGCAUGAUCUAUUGUGAGCACGGUCACGAACAGGACGAGAAUGGCUGCGAUUUGUGUAUUUGCAAAGCGAACCCCUUAUGCCCAGAAGUCUCUUGCAUGAUCUAUUGUGAGCACGGUCACGAACAGGACGAGAAUGGCUGCGAUUUGUGUGUUUGCAAAGGUAAAAGGUCUCGAUUAUACGUUUAAUUUGAGAUAUAUA